AUUAAUAAGAAGUUUUGCUAGUUUAAUAAGAGGUUUUGAGAAAUUAAUAGUGAUUUUGGCGUGUUUUCAGAGUUGUAUUUGAACUUCCUGUUUCACCUGUUCGGCAGGUAAUAUUAUACUCUCAAACAUGGAGGACAAUCACAAACCAGGGACAUAAACGAGGCUCAUAUCUGCUGUAAUAUCUGCUCAUAUCAGCUCUACUCGCUGUGUGUGAUCAUACACGGCUGUUAUUGAUCAUACACGGCUGUUAUUGAUCAUACUCGCUGUUGUUGAUCAUACUCGCUGUUGUUGACCAUGGACGCGAAGGGAAGCUCGUCCACGGGAGUUGUGUCGUGUGUUUGCGUCGCUCUCGUGCUGUUGAGGAGUGUGUGUUGUAUCUCAGUAACGGCUCCAGCAGAGGUCAGUGCUGUUCGAGGAUCGGCCGUCACCCUGUCCUGCUCCUUCAGCUCCUCCAGUUCCGUCACCAGCGCCAUGUCCGUCGACUGGAGCUUCCGGCCCGUGCGCGGCGGCCCGGACCAUACGUUCUUCCACUUCUCGUCUCAGGCGUACCCGCCGCUGGAGGAUUACUUUAAGGACCGUGUGAAGUGGCUGGGCAGCCCGUCCGGGGGAGACGCUUCUAUCCAGCUCCUGAACGCCUCGCUCAGCGAUAACGGCACCUACACCUGUGCCGUACGCAACCCUCCCGACGUGCAGGGAAGCCCAGCGCAGACCGUGCUCAGCGUCACGCCACAGAGACUCUCGCUGGCGUUCACGGAUGUGGGUGUGUUGCUGGUGUUUGUCCUGGUCCCGUCAGGAAUCAUCACACUCCUCCUGCUGGGCCGGAUCCUGUGUCCGUGUUCCCCCGAGAGCCCGGUUCCCGUGGCGACCCAUCACUCGCCCAUCGAGGAGCUCGCCGGGGAGGAGUAUCUCUACGGGACGCAGAAGGAAACCUCCAUGUGCUGCUGUUACUUUAAGGGCUCUGAAUAUGAAGACGACUACAUGCAAGAGAAACCGCACGAACUCACCUUCACCGAGUCCCAGUGUUAGAUAAACUCCUUCUGUGUGUGUGUGUGUGUGUGUGUGUGUGUGUGUGUGUGUGUGUGUGUGUGUGUGUGUGUGUGUGUGUGUGUGUGUGUGUGUGUGUGUGUGUGUGUGUGCACGCGUGUGUGUGUGGUUCUUGCAUGGAUAAAGUUUGAUAAACCCAGACAUCAUUCUACUGCUGAGACUUCCUGUUUUGAGUGGGUAAUUUUGGUUAUUUAUAACGAUGGACUGUUACUGUAAUCUAUGAAUUAAAUGACGAUAACAGAUGAGAGAAGACAAGCUGAUUUGAUAUGAAUGAUUCUGCAUUCAGCAUCUUAAGGUUCUUGCACGCCGAGUCUGAAGAACCUGAGUGAAUUUCGAACUCGUUGUGCAAAGAUCUUUAGGUGGGUCACAUGAGAGAUUCGAGUGAUCUGAUUGGCUGAUUCUGUUUCCUGAGAUCCUGCAUGUUUUACCAUUUAUUUUCACCCUGAUAAAAAAAGACGUUUGUACAAAUCUAUUUUGUUUAGAUAUAAUAUGAAAUAUAACUUUAACAUUAUUAACUAUUUUUUAUGAACUAAUUAUUUUUUAUAAUUCACAUAAAACCACCAUAGAACAGCGUUAGCAUUCAAAAGUCUGUCGCCG